CGCACACGCAUCCCGAGGCGACAUAGCGGAGUGUUUCUCUGGUACAAUACUAGGGUCUGUUGUAUGUGCCACGUUACGCAUCUGCGCCGGCGGUUAGGCUUGUUGGGCAGCCUGCAAUAAUCUUUGACGUCGCUUUAAAACCAGGAUUAGGGGGAAAAGGGAAGUUGUGAAUGCACACGCUCCUCAACCAUUUUUUUUUAAAGGAUCAUCAUGUUUAGUUGGGCUUCCAAGGAGCAAGGAGGACGGAGCAAGGAGGGAGACAUGUUUCAAACUGUGACAGAGGGUCUUCAAAGCCUUUACACCAGAAAACUACUACCCCUUGAAGAAACCUACCUUUUCCAUGACUUCCACUCGCCUGCACUGGAGGACGCGGAUUUUCAGAGUAAACCUAUGGUGUUACUCGUGGGACAAUACUCAACCGGGAAGACCUCAUUCAUAAGGUAUCUGCUGGAGCAGGACUUUCCUGGCAUGAGGAUCGGACCCGAGCCCACCACCGAUGGCUUCAUUGCCGUCAUGUACGGGGAGAACGAGGGGGUCAUCCCAGGUAACGCCUUGGUCGUGGACCCCAAGAAGCCAUUCCGCAAACUCAAUGCCUUUGGAAACGCCUUCCUCAACAGGUUAAUCUGUUCCCAGAUGCCCAAUCAGGUGCUCCAGAGCAUCAGCAUCAUCGACACGCCAGGCAUCCUGUCAGGAGAGAAACAGCGCAUCAGCAGAGGCUACGACUUCUCCGAGGUGCUGCGCUGGUUCGGCGAGCGCGUGGACCGCAUCAUCCUGCUCUUCGACGCGCACAAGCUGGACAUCUCGGACGAGUUCUCGGAGGCCAUCAAGGCGCUGCGCGGCCAGGACGACAAGAUCCGCGUGGUGCUCAACAAGGCCGACCAGGUGGACACGCAGCAGCUGAUGCGGGUCUACGGCGCCCUCAUGUGGUCGCUGGGCAAGGUGAUCAACACGCCCGAGGUGGUGCGCGUCUACCUGGGCUCCUUCUGGGCCAAGCCGCUCCAGAACACCGACAACCGGCGCCUGUUCGAGGCCGAGACGGCGGACCUGUUCCGCGACAUCCAGAGCCUGCCGCGGAACGCCGCCCUGCGGAAGCUCAACGACCUCAUCAAGAGAGCCCGUCUGGCCAAGGUGCACGCCUACAUCAUCAGCUACCUGAAGAAGGAGAUGCCGUCGCUCUUUGGGAAGGAGAAGAAGAAGGAGGAGCUGAUCGCUCGUCUGCCCGAGAUCUACCUCAUACUCCAGAGGGAGUACCACAUCUCGCCCGGAGACUUCCCCAACGUCAACAAGAUGCAGGAGCAGCUCCAGCACUACGAUUUCAGCAAGUUCCCGUCGCUGAAGAUCAAGCUGAUCGAGUCCGUGGACAAGAUGCUGAGCAACAAGAUCUCGGGCCUGAUGACGCUCAUUCGCGAGGAGGAGAGCCGGCAGCCGGCCAAGAUCGUGACCGGCGGCGCCUUCCAGGGCUCCGAGGACAGUCCGUUCGGCCGCGGCUACGGCGAGGGCAUCAGCGCCGGCGCCGACGCCGACGAGUGGAUCGUGCACCGCGACAAGCCGCGCUACGACGAGAUCUUCUACACGCUCAUGCCCAUCAACGGCAAGGUGACGGGCGUCAACGCCAAGAAGGAGAUGAUGAACUCGCGCCUGCCCAACACCGUGCUGGGCAAGAUCUGGAAGCUGGCCGACUGCGACCACGACGGCAUGCUGGACGACGAGGAGUUCGCCCUGGCGCAGCACCUCAUCAAGGUCAAGCUGGAGGGCUACGAGCUGCCCAACGAGCUGCCCGAGCACCUGGUGCCGCCCACGCACCGCAAGAACCCCACCGCCGAGACCCUGUUCAACCACCAGGAGGACUGAGGCACGCCGGGUCCACGGAACCGAGAGACUCUUCCUGGCCCCGUAGCCUUCACAUCCCCCCCCCCCCCCCCCGCCACUGUGGAACUGUUACACUUAUCAUUGUUUAUUUUAUAUCAAGUCAAAUGCAGUUGAUUUUACAUAAUAUCUAUGUUUCUUUUGCUCCUUUUUUUGUAUAUUGUUAUUGUAGAAAGUAAUAUUUUUGCGUCUCUUUGUCACCAUUGCUCACUGGAUGUGUGGUGCAUUACUGAGGAUGAUUAGGCAGACCUGGCUCAACAGAUGGCCCCAGCGUGCUAACUAAUGGUCUGGUCGUGGUCCUCUGAUAUUUGCCUUCCCUCUCUCUCAACUCCAGGGCUCGUUCCGAGAGCCGGCCGAGCGCUUCAGAAGCGUCCCAGGUCCCAGACUGGGUGCAGUCUUAGAGAGCGUUAUUAGAGUGGAGAGCACAACCUCAUGACUCACAGAGUUUGUUCUUGCGCAUCGUGUCGCCUCAGGCAGGGCAGAUCUGCGUGAGUCUGGUGUCAUAAGACAUGCUCCUUGCUCCAGAGGCGUGGUGCGUUGACCUGCAUUCAUUUCAGUUUGAUAAGAAGUGAAGAUGCAUGUCAUACAUUUAGGAAUAGAUAAUAUAUUAGUAAUUGAUACUAAUUAUAUAUCAGUUUAAAAACAAACCCUUUCAUGUUUAUAUAUUAUAUACAUUUUUGCUUCUUAGCAUUCCAUUGUUAAAAGCCCCUCUGAAAUGGUAAAUACAUUUUAAAGCGCUCAUUGUAGUUUACGCAUUUGCCUUAGUCCGUUGCUCUAAAUUCAUUCCAGUAAAAAAUAAGUAAAAACCAAAGACCGAACACAAGGCUGAAUAAAACUAUUUUAUUUCGUACUAACAAAAAGUAUUUCAAAGGUUAAUUGAAGUCAUUUCUUCAUCUUAUACUUAGUUGACGCCUGAAUACAAUAUGUAUAUAAAUUAUAUGAUUAGUAAAUAUAUAUUUGACAAUAGUAAUGAAUGUUAAGAUUCAAUGUGUCAUUCUCUCCUUUGGCCAUUCAUGGGGGGAGUGACAGUCAACCAGACUCCCUGUGGGUCCUCUUUCCUGUGCAGAAAAUUGCUGACAAGUUUUAUUAGGAAAUCAAAGAUAAUCAUAGAAGUUUCACUUCCAUGUUCUAGAAAAGGAAACAGACCUUGUUUAAUACAGACAUUCGCCUUUUUGUUCUUUGUUUGUGAGAUUUUUUUUUCUCUUUCAGUUCUUUUGAAACUUUCCUGGAAAGGUUAGACGUCAUACUUACAGGCGAUGGGCUCAAUUUAGUGAAACUCCUCGAAAAUAAGUCACGUAAAGAAUGCUUUGAACCCUUCCCUGUGUGACGUGACGACCUGAGACAAGCGCAGAGCUGAGCGAGACAUGAGUGACGUAUCCAAAGGGAAAAGCUUUAUCUCCCCUCUAGCACUGUGACUGAGACCCCAAGCACUUUCAGUAACACCUUCACACAUGUGCAUCUACUCUGCUGUUGCCAAAGUUAUAAGUGUGUUGUACGCCCUGGGUGUUAUAUGUAAUGUACACAGAGACACACACACACACACACAUACACACACACACACUUUCCUGAGGCAUGUGUUUAUGAAGGGAAGUUCAGCCUCCCCUGAACACACAUCCAUAUAUCUGCCUUAAUACCCUUCUCUAAAAACUGCUGACGUUGAUUAGAUUUAGGCCAGUGGUGGUCUUCUACAUUCAACUGUGUGACCUGACCCUUAAACCUUAAAUCUGUUCUCAUGCGUGCCUUUAAAAUCAAACAGCGUGCUUAUUUGGCAGCUUUCACAUGUAAGGAUUUUGUGUCUGUUAUGUGUUUGGUGGGUUUUUAAAGCAGUCAUCUCAAUGAGGGGCACUGCAUGUAGGCUACUAUUGUUUCUUAUAACUAGUUAGUACCAUUCAAAUGCUAUGAUUUGGUGCAGUUUAUCCAUUCCUGUAAUCCUGUUCACUGUAUUUUUUAUUUUAUUUUAUUAUUUUAUUUUUUUGUUGUUGUUGAGGAUCUGUCAUGGAGUUAUCCUGCCGAUAACAGCCUUAAGAAGGGGAGACGGCCUCUGUCCUCUGUCAACCUUUCUGGAACAUGGACUGUUGUGAUUAUGAAUGUAUGAAUAUUUCUCCUUUUAACAAAUUGUAUUUGAUGUCAGUGCCCGUUAAACAGGGUUACAGAAUGUGGAUAGUAAAGAUGUGAAAUAAUAA